GGGAUUUUAAAUGGUAUAAGUUACCAACAGACUAAGUUUGCAAAGACAGACAAAGAGAGAAACAGAGGAGAGACAGAGCGUGCAAACACGACAUAGCGGACCACGUUGUAACGAGGGGCCACGGUCGGUUGGUCUUCCAUUUCCUUUACUUCUUUUUCUUCCUCUCUUCUCUCCUUCACUCAUACCCAAACCAAAAAAAAAAAAAAAAUCCAUUCUUUCUUUCUCUCCAAUGAGGAAGCUUUGUCCAAACUUCGACCGGGAAGACGGUCUCGACACUGUCCUUGAGGUUCCCAUUCCGGAGGAGAUGUUUUCUUGCCCCACCUACAAAUCCCACGCCAUCUCAUGGCAAGCUAUGAAGUCAUGGGUUAAGUCCAGUUAUUAUAACAAACCCUCACAUGUUGCUUCAAUUGCGUCUCUGUUUGGUGGUCGCAAUGCCGAGAUCCAGCUCCUCCUCGGCGUCGUCGGCGCUCCCUUAAUCCCUCUCCCCAUCGCUUUUCAUCAUCAAUCCAUUACUCGCAACAUCAAAGACAACCCCAUUGAGGCGUCGAUGGCGAAGUACAUAGUGCAACAAUAUAUAGCCGCAGUGGGAGGGGAGCAUGCUUUAAACUCAAUUCAUAGUAUGUACGCCAUGGGGAAGGUGAAGAUGGUGGCGUCGGAGUUUACUUCCGGUGAGGGGUAUUUUAACGGUAAACCGAUGAAGGCGAAGAACGGAAAAGACGGAAUUAGCAGCGGAGAAAUGGGUAGCUUUGUAAUUUGGCAGAAACGGCCGGAUCUUUGGUGCUUGGAAAUGAUGCUGUCCGGCUGUAAAAUCAGCGCCGGCAGCGACGGUAAAGUGGCUUGGAGACAGACUCCAUGGCAUCACUCUCAUGCUUCUCGUGGCCCUCCUCGCCCCCUACGCCGAUUCCUGCAGGGGCUGGAUCCAAAAUCGACGGCGACUCUGUUCUCAAACUCAACCUGCAUCGGCGAGAAAACGAUGAACGGCGAAGAUUGCUUCAUUCUGAAACUGGAAGCGGAAUCUUCAGUUCUAAGGGCAAGAAGUAGUAGCGGUGUCGAAAUAAUCCGGCAUACGGUUUGGGGAUAUUUCAGCCAAAGAACCGGCCUCCUCGUGCAUCUGGAAGAUUCGCAUCUCCUCCGGAUCAAAACCGGCGGAUCUCGAAACGACGACGUCUUUUGGGAAACGACAAUGGAGUCGACAAUUCGGGACUACAGAACGAUCGACGGCGUGAACAUUGCACACGCCGGAAAAACAACUGUCUCACUUUCUCGAUUUGGUGAUGGUGCCGAGGGGCAUUCGAAAACGAAGAUGGAAGAGAUUUGGAAGAUCGAAGAGGUUGAUUUCAAUAUCAAGGGUUUGUCGAUGGAAUUCUUCUUGCCUCCCAGUGAUUUGAAGAAGGAAGAAGAAAUUGGAGUAGUUACGAGUGACGAAAAGUUUCCGUCGACGAUGCGGCGUGCGUCUGGUGCUGGUUCGAGGAUUUAUUCGUCGAGAGUGGCGGCAGUUGAUGAUGAUGAAUCGGAGGGGAGUAGCCGGAGUGAUGAAGAUGAAGAUGAUGAUUCGUGGUCAAGUGCUUAAAGAUUAAACUCAAAUUUAGAAAUUUUGUACAUAAAUCCAUGGUUAAUAUACAUAUAAAU